CACAGCUUCGUGGUGAUACAGAUUAGGUCAGACACUCUCUCACUGCUUAGGUUCGUUUGGUUAUCUAUACAGUUACUACUUGUCUUCUUUGUCAUGUAACUUCAUACAUACAUUUUACACACAAAGAAAAGUGCACGAGACACAUAACGGUAAACACACCCAGUAUUGUGAGAAGAAAAAAGUAAUACUUGACUGUACUGCCAAUCAUUUUCGUCAGAUGGACAGCGUUGAGCGAAUUGGCCUUCCUCACUACAGGCAGCCUUAUCUUGCUGUUGCACUGGACGAAGCCCAGCUAGAUGCCCUUGGGCAGCGGGUAGAGAAGAAGUCCCUGUCAUUUCUGGAGAGGGUGAAGGCACAAUGUUGGUGUUCCGGUCCCAGGAUGAAGAGCUUCCUACUGGGCUUUUUUCCUGUGCUGUCAUGGCUGCCUCGAUACUCCAUUAGAGAAAACGCCAUUGGAGACCUGGUGUCUGGAGUCUGUGUCGGGAUGAUACAGCUGCCACAGGGUAUGGCCAACGCCAUGUUGGUGGGAGUUCCUCCAGUGUUUGGUCUCUACGCAUCUCUCUAUCCUCUGAUCAUCUACUUCAUCUUUGGCACCUCCAGACACCUCUCCAUUGGUACUUUUGCUGUCCUGGCUAUCAUGAUUGGGUCUGUGACGGGCAACGUGGAGUUGCAUAGCAGCAGCGUUGAAGAGAGUCAGAUUGAUGUGGAAGUGGCCAAAGUGAAUGUGGCUGUACAACUCACCUUCCUCUGUGGCCUCAUACAGCUCUUACUGUACCUGCUGCGUGGAGGCGGUGUGUGUCGCUGGCUGUCUGAUCCUGUAAUCAGAGGCUACACCACAGGAGCAGGUCUGCAUGUGAUCGUCUUGCAGCUGCCGCUGAUAACUGGAAUACCUGCACAGAGACAUACUGGACUGCUGGCUUCAGUUUGGACUUUAAAGGACGUUCUGCACGGAGUGACCAGUGCUGUACCAGGAACGCUGUCAGUCUCCGCGGUUUCCAUGGUAAUACUCAUCGUAGGCAAGCUGCUGAAUGAACGCUUUAAGAACAAGCUGCCUGUCGCCAUACCAUGGGAACUAUUACUAAUUGUCCUGGGCACCAUCCUGUCAGUGCAGAUGGAUCUGGUUGGACAGCACACAGUCCAGGUGGUGGGACACAUACCCAGUGGCCUGUCUUCCCCAGUCCUUCCAUCUCUCUCUCAGGCCAGAGAGCUGUUCAUUCCUGCCCUGUCUGCAGCUCUGGUCGGCUUCAGUUUCAUCUCAGCCAUGGGCUCCGUGUUCGCCCACAAACAUGGCUACCAUGUAGACGCCAGUCAGGACCUGCUGGCUCUGGGUCUAUGCAACACCAUAGGAGGAAUGUUCCAGUGCUUCGCUGUCAGCUGCUCCUUCUCUCGCAGUAUGAUCCAGGAUAGCAUUGGUGUCAAAUCACAGAUGGCCGGUUUGGUAUCAGCUCUGGUGAUUCUAAGUAUCCUGUUGAAGAUUGGUCACCUCUUUGAGCAGCUGCCAAAGGCAGUGUUGGCAGUGAUCAUCGUGGUGAACCUGCAAGGGAUACUGGCUCAGUUCAAAGAUGUGUGUGUGCUCUGGAAGUCUGACAGAUUAGACCUGAUGGUGUGGAUAGCCUCGCUGAUUUCAACGCUGGUCUUUAACCUGGACCUGGGUCUGGCUGUGGCUGUCGUCUUCUCUCUGCUCACACUCAUCUACAGGACACAACACGCCUCCACUGUUGUUUUGGGUCAUAUUCCUGGUACAGACUGUUACAGAGAUGUGGGACUCUACACUGAGGCAAAGCGAGUUCCCGGGGUGACCAUACUCUCCUAUACCAGUCCUAUUUACUUUGCCAACUCUGAACUUGUCCUCACACAGAUCAAGCAGACAGUGAGUCAUGGUCAGAGGAAGAACCCAGCUAUAAUCCACACCUCUACCUCUACCUCCUCCUCCUCAGCCCAGACACCGACACACAGUCAUUGCUUGGUUCUGGAUCUCAGCUCGGUCACCUUCAUGGACUCUGUGGCCAUGCCAGCACUUUGCAAGGUUGUAGAAGACUUGGAAGUCCAGGGUGUCAGUGUGUUUCUGGCAGCUUGCCCAGAGAGAGUUUUAUCUCAGCUCCAGACUCAGGAUUGUAUAGCAGACAGCCUGCCCAGCUCCUGUCUCUUCCCAUCGGUCCACCAUGCUGUACAGCGCUGCCUCAGCACCCUGCCCAGGCCUCUGCAGGAAAUCAAUCCAGAUGAAAGUGAAUGUUGAACCUACAUGACUGCUGCUUUCCAAUGAAAAUUACAGGACAG